CAUAUUAUUAAAUCUUACAAAUAUUCUAAAGCUAAAUUGCACACUUGUCUAGUUUUAUUUCUAUUGAGUUUGUGAGAUUGAUAAAUUAUACGAAAUGAAUAUUGUUCCUGAUGCAAUUGACCCAAUGUAUAUGUUAUGGAAUAGUCCAAUCACGACUGGUAUAAAUUCGACGGAUGAUCCGGUAUAUGUCCUAGAGGACGAUCACAAUAAUAUUAUCCACCGUGAUAUAAUUUUUCCAGUAUAUGCUAGACAGGGUGAGCAAUAUUUUUAAAAAACUCUUAGGAUCAACACGGAUAGAAUGAGCUUUUGCUCGUGGAAAAGUCUUGAUGUUCAUCUAAGUGUAACACCAUGUGAAAAUAAAACGGUGUAAAAUAUCCAUCGUUAAUCAAAACUAUUUGCUGUUAUGUAAGGAUUAAAAAUCCUUUCAUAAGUGUCAACAAACCCGUACUGAAAAGAAUUUAUCUCAAUUCUUUUAGACUCAGAAGUACUUGGUUUGAAUACUCCAGUAGUUCUUUCAAGGAAUCCUUUUCAAAAUGAAGAUUCAUCAUUUCGAUUCUCAUCUGACAUAGUUGACGAAUCGUGGCCGAACAAUACAUCAGAGGAAAAUGAUAAAGUACUCCAAUAUCAGCCGUUAAAUGAUGUAUCGUUAAUAAAUGAUGAUGUAGUAAUUCUCCUGGAUAUUGACCAGACAACGCUGGUAACAAAUAACGAGCUAAUCCAACAACUACCUGAUUUCCCAGUGGAAGGUAGUAGUGACAAUUUCGAAGAAGUACAAUCAACUACUGUCACUGUCGUUGAUAUUCCAAAUUCGAUUGUCAACUAUACAAUGUCGAUGGAAAGAGAACCAGAAGAAGCUCCACAUGUACGAUACGAAAAGGAGGAAAAGAGAUAUUUACAUGCUAGAAACACCACAGGUAGUGGGAAAAAAAACAAAGUUGGUCCGUCAAUCAAGCUACCAAAUUUAGCCGAAUACGAUGGCCGUGAGGCGUAUACUCGGGUUAGUCGAUUAAUUGCACAGCCGAUCAAUGAUCUGCGUUUCCAUCAUUCAUAUGGAUUGACGUCAGGAGAUGCCGGUGUAAUAGCAAAAGAAGGUUCACUGUAUUAUCCAAUAACCUCACAGGACAAGGAUCGAGGAUCUCAAAGUUUUUCAAAAUUAAGAAUAACUCGAAAAAAGGAAGAUGAAAUAUCCUAUGAACUAUCAUCAUAUUCACCGUUUGAAAUCUCCUCAUCAGCCAUGGUACGCUGUGAUACUCAUAGAGCAAAAGAAUUUAAAGACGAUUUCAGUUUAAAUAAAUCAAUACUGGCGUUCGAUAUCGUGGUGAAAUCUCCUACUGGAGAAUAUCAGCCAACUGGUAUUAGUUGUAUGUCUCAGGAAAUACUAGAGUCACCGGCAUCAUCCAAAAAGAAUAUAAAUACAGUUGAACAUACUGACGUUGUUUACAAUGAUACGACUUAUUCUUCUGAAGAAGCGGCAACAGGCACAACAGUUGAACAUACUGAUGUUGUUUACAAUGAUACGACUUAUUCUUCUGAAGAAGUGGCAACAGGCACAAAUCCUAUUAGUAAGUCCGUCCUGACACAAUAG